UUCGCCAGGAAUUGGCGCACCCGCACCACCGAUUCACAUCAGUCAGUCACUGUUUAUCUUCUUCAGUCGGUGCUUCUUGAGCUAUACAGUAAUGGCUGGCGUGCUGUAUCCGAGUUGGUCUGGUAUUGUGUGUCUUUUAACAAUUUUAUACAUGUGUGCAGCUGCAACCUUGGUGGAUAUUCCACCAACAUUUCAUUCGGUGCAUGUUAUCAAUGAAACAAUUCAUGAAGAUGCUAAUAGAGGGAUUCUGACAACUUUAUACUUAAAAGUAGAAGGACGGAACCUUCAAAAUAACAUGAAGGUUAGGGCAACCACACACAAAAGUAGUUGUUCUGAAAAAAAGAAUAUGUUAGGAGAUGACAAUACAGUAUUCAGCAUGGUUUGGUCAAACUCUACCACGUGCUUUAUGACUACGUCAGUUAGGUUGAAAGAGGGCAUAGAUAAAAUUGAUUUUUAUAUGUGUGUGAAAAGUGUUCAUAGAACUAGGACUAGUGAAGAUAAGUCAAGAUCUGGUUCAGGAUUUUUAAGUACGUUAGAACCUUCCAGUGAAGUUGUGAAGUGGAUACAUCAAGGUGAAAGUGUUGUUUUUCGGACUAAAAAAGAACACUUGCUAUAUGCCGAAACUGCUGAUUUGCAGAAGCCAAGUGUAGCCGAGGCAGGGCCAGUGGCCAACGCACACAGCAGUGACUGGACAGUGCUGUCUGAUGACCCUGUACCAGUGGAUCCCCUAUUCCCAGUUGUGUCCAAGGUGAAGGUCUACGGUUUCAAGCUUGAAGACUCUGAGAAGCCUGUGGACAUUGCUGAAUCAGGAAUACCGGAACUGCUGGUCGGUACGUCUGGCGUACUGAGACUGUUUGGCUCCGGCUGGACUAAUCAUACCAAAUUUGUACUUACUGAUGAGAAUCUGGAAGAGGGAGCUAUCUGCGAGUAUCCCAUCGGCGUUAACCAGGAGUUUGAGCAACCGAUACAGGAGAGUGCCACAUCAGCUCUAUUGUAUCUGCAGAUGCCGGAAGUGGGCAAGCCAGGCACCUCGUACUUCCUCUGCACCAAGGAAGCUGUAGAUGGGCAGACCGCUUCUCAUUGGGUGCACCUGGGUAACCAGCCAUAUCUACAAGUCCGAACUUACCAGAAGCUACUGCCCCUCUGGCUACAACUGCUGAUCAUAGUCACCUGUCUUUCCUUCAGUUCAUUGUUCUCUGGUUUGAAUUUGGGCCUGAUGUCAUUGGACCGCACGGAUCUUCGCAUCAUUUGCAAUACGGGAACCGAAUCAGAGAGGCGUUAUGCCCGCACGAUCCUACCGGUGAGGGAGCACGGGAACUACCUGCUGUGCAGUAUCCUGCUGGGUAAUGUAAUGGUUAACUCCACUUUUACCAUCCUGCUGGACGAUAUGACAUCCGGUCUGGUUGCCGUUGUAGUCUCCACACUCCUGAUCGUCGUCUGUGGUGAAAUCACUCCCCAGGCAGUAUGUUCCCGACAUGGCCUUGCAAUUGGCGCCAAAACCAUCCACAUUACCAAGGUUGUCAUGGUACUCACCUUUCCGCUGGCCUAUCCCAUCAGCAAAAUACUGGACUGGGCGCUCGGCGAGGAGAUUGGAGCUGUUUACACCAGAGAACGACUUAAAGAGUUGGUUAAGCUGACUACAGAGUUCAAUGACCUAGAGAAAGAUGAGGUGAACAUCAUCUCUGGCGCGUUGGAGCUGAGAAGGAAGAUGGUAGCAGAUGUCAUGACUAAACUGGAGGAUGCCUUCAUGCUCUCCUAUGAUGCCAUUCUGGACUUUGAGACCGUAUCUGAAAUUAUGAAGUCAGGUUUCUCACGGAUCCCGGUAUACGAGGGGAACCGGAAGAAUAUCAUCACAGUUCUCUAUAUCAAGGACCUUGCGCUGGUGGACCCAGACGACAACACUCCACUCAAGACCCUCUGUCAGUUCUACCAGAAUCCUUGUUACUUUGUCUUUGAGGAUACCACGCUGGACGUGCUCUUCAAACAGUUCAAGGAGGGUAUUAAGGGACACAUGGCUUUUGUUCAUCGGGUAAACAACGAAGGUGAGGGAGAUCCGUUCUACGAGACAGUGGGUCUUAUAACACUGGAGGAUGUCAUUGAGGAGCUGAUACAGGCAGAGAUUAUGGACGAAACUGAUGUCUGGACAGACAACCGAACCAAGAACCGGCGAAGUCAGAACCGUUCCAUGAAAAAAGAUUUCACUUCAUUUGCCGAGCGCAGUGAGAACCAGAGAAUUCACAUCUCACCACAACUCACACUUGCAACAUUCCAGUUCCUUAGCACUUCAGUGGAUGCUUUCAAACCAGAAAGUAUAUCUGAGACAAUUCUCAGCCGAUUAUUAAAACAAGAUAUAAUCUAUCAGGUAAAAGUGAAAAACAGGGAGAAAUCAAAAGAUGAUCCUCACACCAUGAUCUAUCAACAGGGCAAGUCUGCCGAUUACUUCAUACUGAUCCUGGAGGGUCGUGUGGAGGUGACAAUGGGCAGAGAGAACCUGGUGUUUGAGAGCGGUCCCUUCACCUAUUUCGGCAUGCAGGCUCUCACACAGAAUGUGGGCGUCGGUGAGCCUAAACUCGCGGAGUCCCCAACAGCACAGUCAGCUCAGCCCCUGGGCAGUCUACAAUCAGUCAAUCUAGAGUCUAUGCUGCGCUACACAUUUGUGCCAGACUACUCAGUGCGUGCAGUGGCCGACACCUACUACUUGCGCAUCAAGCGCUCCUUCUACCUGGCAGCCAAACGUGCCACACUCAUGGAGCGCAGCAAGAAGGAGGAGUCUAAUGCUGGUGACAAUUUCGAAGAUGAAGUUGAAAAGCUACUGCAUACGUACGACGAUGAUACCAGAAGUCAAGGGUCGCCUGACAUCACGCGGACUCAAUCGCAGCGAGGGACACCAGGGCAGACGAGUCCCAACUCAGUCCUCAACAACGGCAGCCUGCUGACGACGUCAGAACCAGCGCUGGUGUCUCCUUCAAGAACCCCCCCUAAGUCUGCAGAUGCCGACGAGAGGGUCACCCUACUGCGCUCUGCUGAGUCGUAGCAGUAGCUUCAUACACUGCGUAGUUACAGUAAAUUGACUGGUAUCAUGGGCGAACGCGGAUGGUGAUAAAUUUUGGAAAAAAGCCAAAGAUGAAUUUUGAGGAGUUUAGCUAAACACGCUAUGUAAUGUGAUUUUAUUUACUCGCUAUUCGAUUCACCAAAGCACUUGUCACUGCUUUGUAUGUUACAAAUUUUUAACAUAGUAGUUUUUUACUUUCUUAGGUUUUAUUAAAUAGGUUUUAUAUUUAUUUUUUGUUAAAAAUGUGCGAGUGUUAAUAUAUUUAAAAAUACUUGUAUUUUCCAUUGAAGACAUUUCAGUUCGGAAUGGGUUAACAACGAAUGUAUAUCCGUUGUUUAGUAAGACAGAAGUAUAAAUCUUUUAGUUAAACAUUGGUAAGUUAUAUAGCAACGAUAACAUUGAAACCAGCUGUACCGAACGUGAAGUCUUCAGUGCAAAAUAGCCCAGUCAAUUUACCAGUACUUAAUUAGUGAUUAGGCUGAACUGUCCUGCAAAUUUGAACGCUUGCCAUAGCAACUCGACGUCCUUAUUCUUAUACUGUACACGCAAUUUAACCCUUUGCACUCAGAUAACUAAACUUUCAUUGUCUAAAGAUUAGUGCUUAAUAUAAUAGAAGAAGCUCGACAUUGCAACGUCAAAUUGUCUUGAACGAAUUCGUAUGCUUAAAGCAAUAGAAAGUAAAAUAUUACAGUGCAUUAUAGUGAAAGAAGCAAUUUAUUGUGAUUUUUAAAAGUCUGCAAUUUAUAACAUGUUUUAGAAGAAGUAGAAAUUAACUGCUAGAAGGUUAUAUAUAGGUUAAUCAGUUUUUUGUUUAAUGCAACUAAGCUUUAAAAGUUUGGUAUGUCGAAUGGAGAUAAGUUAUUGAUUGUAAGGCUGUAACAGAAAUCUCGUCUAUUUUAAUUUUCGUCUGGGGCAUAACUUUAUUUUUUUUAUUUUGAGCUUCUAUCACUGAAUACUUGUCUUUAACUAAGUUAUAUAACUACAAAUGACUCAGCUGAGUGCAAAGAGUUAGAAGCUUUCUGUUAUAUAGAGAAAACAUUUGUAUACUCAAAUUUGUACCUCAGUCACUUUUUAAAACAUGUAUAAUUAAUGUUUAUUAUUUUAAAACAUUAAAUCCAGUUGUUACUUUAUUAGUUUUAUUUUUAUUUUAAUAAAAUGCUUCAAGAUUUUAAACUGUACUUAGCUGGAGUCUAGUGCUUGGUUCUGUUCAUAAAAUUUAAUGAACAUCUCUCAGAAUUCAGUUAAUUUAAAAUCUUUUUUAAUAUCUUAAUUGUCUUCUGAGUUACUGUGUCAGAAUUUAGUGUAAUAGGUCAUAGCUUUUUAUUUUAGUGUAUUAAUAAUAUUUUUAUUUAAUGUAUAAUAUGAAUUCAAAUAUUAACUGGAAAUUAUUUCAGCCAACUGUCACAGGUCAUUUAACUUUAAUCCUUUAGUUUUAUACAUACAUACAUAUAUUUAUAUUGGUGCUUUUUGUUUUGGACUGUUAGUACUUAAACACUUGUAUGUAUGCGAGAGUGCUUGUGUACUUAUUACUGUAUUCGAAAGAAUUUAUAGAAAUUUACAACAUUGUUAAAUUUAAAAUAUUGUUGUUGAGUUUAUACCUAUUGAAUUGCAUAAGUGAUAUGUACUUUAAGUAAUAAAAAAUAGAAGAUAA